CAACUAAAGAAAAAUCAACCACUCGAUGAGACCAUCGUCAUGAUUAAACCCAUUUCGUGAUUCUUCCCAUCGAAGCCCGCACAAAACCCCCAUCAUGUUCCUCCGUUGAAAACCUUGUAACAAGUCCCGACUUUUUUAUCACUUUCUCGGGAAAGUCAGAAUAUCCCCAGAAAAAACAGAGCGACCAAUUCUCGUUCGUUUGAUGGGCGUGAUUUCCACUCAGAGAGGCUCGAGACCAGCGGCGACCCACGAAGGUGGCUUACCGGUCUCUCUUGGGGCGGGUUCGGCGGCGGCCCCCAAGAGAAAAUGGUCCAAUCUGAUUCCUUUUUUUGUUGCCCUUGUUGUGAUAGCAGAGAUCGCGUUUCUGGGUAAGCUCGACAUCGGAAAUAACGCAGGUUUAGUAGACUCGUGGGCCGACUUGUUCGCCCGGACGCCGUUGACUCAUGAAGUGGCUGUGCCGGCGGCGGAGAGUGGUGAUUUGGAGUUGCUGAGUUGCGAGGAGUGGUUAGAGAGAGAGGAUGCUAUAGAGUACUCCAGGGAUUUUGACAAAGAACCGGUUUUGGUUUCUGGUGAUGAGAAGGAAUGGAAAUCUUGUUCUGUGGGAUGCCAGUUUGGAUACAAUCCUGCAAAAAAACCUGAUGCUGCUUUUGGUUUAGCUCACCAAUCUGGGACAGCCAGUGUUCUCCGAUCCAUGGAAUCAGCUCAAUACUAUGCUGAGAACAAUCUUGCUCAUGCACGACGGAGGGGAUAUGAUAUUGUUAUGACAACUAGUCUCUCAUCGGAUGUUCCUGUUGGAUAUUUUUCUUGGGCUGAGUACGACAUCAUGGCGCCCGUACAGCCAAAGACUGAGACUGCACUUGCAGCUGCAUUUAUUUCCAACUGUGGUGCCCGCAACUUCCGCUUGCAAGCUCUUGAAGCACUUGAAAGUGCUAACCUCAAGAUAGACUCUUAUGGCGGUUGCCAUAGAAAUCGUGAUGGAAGAGCAGUUGACAAAGUUGAAACUCUGAAGCGCUAUAAAUUCAGUUUGGCAUUUGAGAAUUCCAACGAGGAGGAUUAUGUUACCGAGAAAUACUUCCAAUCGCUUGUUGCUGGAUCUAUACCUGUGGUUGUUGGUGCUCCAAAUAUUGAAGAAUAUGCUCCUGCUCCUGGUUCAAUUUUACAUAUUAAGGAGCUAACCGAUAUUGAAUCAGUUGCCAAGAGAAUGAAAUUUCUUGCAGAUAAUCCUGAAGCAUAUAAUCAGUCAUUGAGGUGGAAGUAUGAGGGUCCAUCCAAUUCUUUCAAGGCCCUUGUGGACAUGGCAGCAGUACAUUCAUCAUGCCGUCUUUGCAUUCACCUGGCAACAAUGAUUCGCGAGAAAGAAGAAAUGAACCAAGGGGUCAAAAACAGACCCUGCAAGUGCACCAGAGGUGAAGGAGUCGUCUAUCAUUUAUAUGUAAGAGAAAGAGGGAGGUUCAAUAUGGAAUCUAUUUUCUUAAGGUCUGGCAAUUUGACUCUUGGAGCUUUUGAGUCUAUGGUGCUCGCGAAAUUAAAGUCCCAGAAACAUGUGCCCAUUUGGAAACCAGAAAGACCUGAAAGCAUAAGAGGAGGAGACGAAUUUAAAAUAUAUAGAAUAUAUCCUGUUGGCAUGACGCAGAGGCAAGCUUUAUAUACCUUCAGAUUUAAUGGGGAUGCUGAUUUUAGAAGACACGUUGGAAGCAACCCCUGUGCAAAGUUUGAAGUCAUAUUAGUUUAGAUUGAAAUAUGCAUUCUGUCAACAUUGAUCAUGGAUAUGCUGAUUUUAGCAGCUUACUUUUGAUAUAUUUGUCAAGAGAGAUCGAGGUGGUCUCGUUCGGGCAAUUUGUUAUGCCCUCUUUGUACACACUGAUUUUUGGAGGAGUGAACUGCAAUAUCUUUAGGGAAGAUGGUGCCGAGGACAUGUGGAUGAUUGAUUGUAUGCCCAUUGAUUCAGAUCUAGUCCUAUUUUAGUUGUAA